AUGUCCACGACCCAAACAGAAACCGCCACACAAUUCGGCCAGGACAGGCCCGUAACCAUCACGGCCCACGCAGACAACUCCAUCACCGUCAAACCCAACCAUGGCGCCACCAUUUCCGACAUCGAGGCCAUCGGUCCCAACUCAGAGUCCAUAAUCUCUUGGCAAAAGCGCAACAACAUCGACCCGUCGAAACAGAUCAAGAUCGUCAAGCUCGCUCAUAUGCGCUAUCAACAUCCGGAUCUGGCAGAGAUCACGACGUUUCUUUUGGACUUUGGCAUGCACAUUGCCAAGCAGACGCCCACGCAGAUCUGGUUUCGCGGCUACGGCACGGAUCAGUACGUUUACUACGCGCAACAGGGCGAGAAGAAGUUCUUGGGAGGGGCGUUUGAGGUGGAAUCGUACGCCGAUCUCGAGAAGGCUUCUCAAAUCCCUGGAGCGAGUCCCAUAACGGCCCUUGAAGACUCGCCAGGAGGAGGGCACAUCAUCACCCUGACAGACCCAGAGGGCUACCCCAUCAACCUCAUCCACGGCCAAACUCCCACGACGAAAGGCUCUCUACCCGACAAAAUCAUCUACAACGACGAAACGGACAAGCCCCGCGUGCGAAAAUUCAACCGAUUCACGCCAGGACCGGCCGCAGUACACAAACUGGGCCACUUCGGUCUCUGCGUAACGCAAUUCGACAAGCAAGUCGAAUGGUACUCUCGAACCUUCAACCUCGUCCCCACAGAUUUCCUGUACGUGCCCGUGGACGACAAUAAAGCGACCAAGGACGUCGCGGUCUUCAUGCACGUCGAUAGGGGCGACGAUCCGGUGGACCAUCACACGUUCUUCAUGUCGACGAACAAGACGAGCCACGUCCACCACGCGAGUUUCGAAGUCCAUGAUUACGAUACGCAGCAGCUGGGGCAUCAGUGGCUGGCGAAAAAGGGGUAUACGAGUGUGUGGGGGAUCGGGAGGCAUAUUCUGGGCUCGCAGAUAUUUGAUUACUGGUUCGACACUACAGGUAAUAUGAUCGAGCACUAUGCGGACGGGGACUUGGUGAACAAAGAUACGCCUGUUGGGUGGGGUUUGGCGGGCGAUGAGAGCCUUGCGGUGUGGGGACCUGAGGUGCCGAAGUGGUUUCUUGAAUAA